CAAUCGUUGGCCAUCCCGUAUUCCCGUCGUAAUCGGCUGUCGUGAAGUUGCAGAAAAAAAAAAUUAAACGGGGAUAAAGGAAAAACAAACUAUCAUCCUUCUUGUUUUAAUUUUAAUUUAUUAUUAUUAUUAUUAUUAUUUAUUAACUUGAAAUUUGAUAAAUUCGAUUGUGUUUCAUCCAUAUGAGGUUCAACUAGUCCGGAACACUUCAUUGAUUUGUUUGGAACGUAUGCAGUAUAUACGAAAUUAUUGUUAAUGAUCAAAAUACAGCACAAGUCGACGACACAGACGGGAUUUGUGAAAUGUCACGUCAUGAAGGUAAAUGUCGAUGAUCGUUUAUUUUUUGCUUUACUUACAAUUUUGUUCUUUGAUUAUGUUCAAUUUACUAAACCGAAAUAGAUGUUUAGUUUUUUUAAUUUAACUAGUCAUCGAGGCCAAAUUAAAAUUUGAUACUAAUUUUGACUGUCCGUGAUAAUUAAAAAAUAAAAAUUAUUAAAUCAUUUAAUCUUAUAUAAUACAAUGUAUUAUAAAAGUCAUUAGGUGUAAUAAGUAUAUUUAGUAGUUCCACCUAAUAAGUUGUCUACAUAAAAAAUGAAUUAUCAUUUACAAUAUUAUGAGUCAUAACUAGACAAUUACUAUUUCGGUAAUAUUCAAAAUACUAUUUUUACAGUAAAGUUUUGAAAGUAGGCAAUUUUUUAUAGUUUCAUAUUGGUAGAUAGUAGAAUUUUCAAUUUUAAUAGUAGGCAUUAGUAUGUUACUUAUACUAUGACUAAAUAUGAACAGUUCAGUUAUUUAAUUGGCGUAGAAUACAUUAGGGUUUAAUAACUGGAUACUAUCAUGUAAGUAUUAACUAGUACUACAAACAUUAAAUGUGUUAAUUAACACAUGGAUAUAUUAAACAAUUUUACUGUUUGAAGGGAAUAUGCAACAUAACAUUUUAAUUCACAGUCCUUACUUAAGUUGUGACACUUUUUAGAUUUUUUGUGUAAUUCAGUACCUAGUUGAUAAUGUCUACAAUAAUUUAAAUAGUUUUUAAUAUUGAUUAAACUACAUUUACCUAUGUGUCAAAUACUACUAAAAUAAUAUGUUAUAUGAUAUUAUGUAGUAUCACAUAUGCAGUAUGUUUUCUAUUUGAAUUUAAUAGAAACUAAUAUUAUUUUUUAAUCUACCUAUUUCUAAAUGAAUGAAUAAAUAAAUAAACAAGUACUUAUGUUUAUAAAUUUAAAAAAAAAAAAUAAUUACUGUGUUAUUAGUAUACUUAUGUAGGUAUUAAUUAAUUGGUUAUUAUUAUCUAAAAUAUUGAUUGAAACUAAAUUUAAGUUUUAGGGUAGAUUUUUAAAAAGUAACAUUUUGUAAAGAAUAGGUUUGAGGUAUUCCACUUAUGAUUUUCUAUUUAUAUACCUGUAGUAUAUAAAGUAAAUAAAUAUACUAUUAUGUCUAAUAACAACUAAUUUUAAAUAAUCUCUCUUAUUAAAAUAAAUAAUUUCUAUAUUCUAUGUAAGACGACCUAUUUGUAAAUUAUUUUUUUCUAUAUAUUCCUUCGUUUAAUUUUUUAUAUUCAAUCGCGUUUUACAUUUUGACUGUGAUAUACAUGAUAAUGAACUUUUAAUUCAAAACCGGUCGUAUAAUAUACUUAUAAUACUCCAGUCGACGUAUUGAGUCAUUUAUUUAUUUUUAUAUAUACAUUUUUUAUUUAUAUAUUUAUUUACUUUAUUAUUGUAUUAUUUAUAAUAUGUAUUUAUGUUGUAUGUCUAUUAAUUAUUAUAUUUUUUUUCAUUUUAUAAAUAAAUAAUUAAAAUCAUAAUUCUUAAUAUUUAAAUUAAAUUUUAGAGCAUUUGAAUCAAAUCCUGGUAUUUACUAUUUGUGUUAUUUUUAUUUUAUUUUUCUCAAGUCUUAUUUUCAUUGCAGGAGUUAGUUGUGAUGCAUGCAUGAGAGGAAACUUUAAAGGACGCCGUUUCAAAUGUUUAAAAUGUUACGAUUACGAUUUAUGUGCCAGUUGUUAUGAAGCUGGUGCUACUACGCCACGUCAUUCAGUUGAUCACCCAAUGCAGUGUAUCUUAACACGUGCAGACUUUGAGCUAUAUUAUGGUGGAGAAUCAUUGUCAACUGAUCAACCCCAAGCAUUCACGUGUCCUUUUUGUGGACGUAUGGGUCUUACUGAAGCAGUACUAACAGAACAUGUUACUGCUGAGCAUCCAGAUUCUACUGCUGAAGUUGUUAGUAUAUUUUAAAAAUGAAUUUGAUUAUAAUAUUUAAAUUAGAAUGUUAACAUGUAUAUCUUUAAAACAAUGUAAUAUAAUAGGUAUAUUACCAUAUGGUUCGAGUUUAUAAAUUAGUAGAUAGUAACACUGUCUUCAUGUUUUUAUUCAGUUCAAUAUGACAUGCAUUGAGAUUUUAAAAUCAUGCACAAAGUGUAUUACUUUAAUUUACUAAUCAAUUAAUUUAAAAAAACUAAUAUAAUUUAAAUUAUAUGUAUUCUCAUUGAAGUUAGGUUUUUGAAUUUAAAAUAUAAAAUUACAUUAUUAUGCUUUGAUAAAAAGUGCAAAAGUGAAUUUAGUUAUUUUGUAUAUUAUUUAGGUUUGUCCAGUUUGUGCAGCACACCCAGGAGGUGAUCCAAAUUUGUUAACGGAUGAUUUUUCUGUUCAUUUACAAAUGCAACACCGUGCCAGUCCAAAUGUUCCCAGAGAUUUAAUUUCAUUUUUAAUAUCCUUUUUAUAUCAACAUUUAUACAAGUUAUAUAUGUUUUAAAUCUAUGGGAACAACAUAGAAAUAUUAACUAUAUGUUUGUGAGUCAAGGUUAUCUAUGGAGUUUUUUUUUUUUUUUGGUUAUAGGUAAUAACAAGAUAUUUUGAAAAAAAAGGAGAAAUAGGAUAAAGUAUUUUAAUUUAUGUGUAUAAAUGUAUUAAUAAUUAUGGAUAAAAGGCCAUACAAAUAAAAUGUAGGUUUAUUAAUUUUAUAUUUAUGAAAUAUAUUUUCUUUAACUAUUCAUCACGAUGAACCAACUGUAGCAAGGCAUUCAGUUAGGCGUAUACCACAGUCAUCUAGAGGUAUGGGAAGUACAAGAGUACGGAGAGCAAUCAAUUUCAGGUACCGGACAGCAAAGUACGGACAAUUUAAUUAUAUUUAUUCAAACUGUAGUCUUUGAUAGCUUGAAUUUAAAUAAAAUAAAAUAAUGGUUUUUUUUUUCUAUUAGUUUGGCUAUGCAUUUGUUUUUAAUUGCUAUGGGUAUAUUAAAUAUUUGUUCACUAUUUUUAUUUGCUAUAUUUGAUUACAUAUAUUAAAUUGUUGUAUCGUAAUAAAAAAUUUUCUUAUUUUAAAAUAUAACACUAUACUGGUAUUAUAAUAUUGAUUAAUAAUAGUUAUUUAUGCUAAUGUCUUCUAGUGGUGGAGCAAGAGAUGAUCCAAUUGUAGAGUUAUUAUCACAAUUAAGUGGAGUUAGAAGAGCACAAUCAAAUAGUGUGCCUGGAUCAUCGGCAAGUAGCACACAAGGAACUCACAACGUUUCGUCGCAGCUGCAACAGUUACAGAUGCAGCUGCAGCUUGAAAGACAACAAGUCAGGGUAUUGUAUAGAAAUAAUAAUACUUAAGUUUUGUUCAAAAAGGAAAUUCUGUUUUUAUAUUGUUGUUAUAUUAUUAAAAUGUUUUAUUUACAGGCUGCAAGACAGCAAUUGGAACGUUUACCUCGUCGCCAAGGACAUGGCUCAUCUGCUGCAGCAGCAUCAUUGGCAAAUAAUAAUGUAGUUGGAUCAGGAGUGCCAACACAAGCUGCUGGUAUAUCUUCAAAUUUACUUAAUAUUCAAGUUGUAGAUUCAAAUUCUAGCCAAAACCAAUCUACACGUAAUAAUUCAUCGCAGUUUCUAAUCAAGUAUGUAAAAUAUAUAUAUAAUAUACAAAAUUGUUUAUAUAGGUACUGUUAGGUAUUAAAUAUAAUAAAUUAUUUAAAAAAAUUAUCACUAUUUUUAAAGAUACAUUGAUGCUCCAUUAACUGAAUCUGAACAACAGAAAUUGGAUGUAGAUCGAGCUGAUCGCAGUUUUUUUAUGCAAGAAUUAUUAUUAUCUAUGUUAACUCCAAAUGGAACCAUGCCAGCAACUAAAAAUGCCAAGAAAGACCAAUCGCCAUUAUCUACAGCAACUCAACCUCAGGUAUCACAAGCAUUGACUAAGGUAAUAGUACCAGAUACCAAACAACGGCAAACAAAUAGCAGGCCAUCACCACCUCCUUCACAACAACCACAUCAAUCAACCAAUCAUGUAAUGGGCGUACCACAUAGAUUUUCUUCACCACCUAGCCGUAACAGACAAUCUGUAAUGCAAUCACAAAUUCCGCAACCAGCAGCCAAUGUUCGAAAACAACCCAAAGUUACUGAUCCUUCACCUUCAAAUUGAACUAAUAGGAAUGAAUCCGGUUGCUGAUUAACAAAUUCAAUAAGAACUGUCUAGUCGUGUACUGGUGUUUAGCACUUUUUUUGAAAUUAAAGUAAAAUAUUUAGGAUGAUUUUUUUUUUUUUUAUAUAGAUUUCAGUUUAGUUAUACCUAUAUUCAUAUUAAAAAAAAAUAAUAACUAAUUAAAAAUAGUAUUUUAUGUAUUAUUUAUAUAUAUACACAAAUUUAUUUUUAUGUAUUUCAAAAAUGAAUAAUAAUAUUGGUGUUUAAAUAAAUUUAACAUCGAUUUAUCGCUUAAAUUAUUAAACUAAUCGCUUGAAUCACUUUUGGAGUUUCAAAUGCGAUAUUUCUCUAUUGUGAUAUUGGAAUUAAUCAUUAUAUUUUGUUAAGAACAAAAUUUAAUAAAAAGAGUUGAAGAACUUAGUUAAUACAUUGUAUAUAGACUUAGCCAUUGUUAAUAUUUCUUAUGAAAUUAAACAUUAUAUAAAUAUUCAAUAUGGUUUUUGUUCAUUGUUUUUAAAAAUAAAUUUACUUCAACUUUUUAUACAUUUUUAAAAUCGUAACACUUUUUAACACAUGAACAAUGAAUAUUAAUUAAUCACCUUUUGUCAUAUUUAUUUUAAUGGGAAAUAAUUAUAAUAUUGUACAAUAAUGGUUUAUAAAUAGUUAAAAUUGUUAUUUAAUAAUUUUUAAAAUAUAAACUUUAUUUAAAUCACUGAAUAGAAGGUACAUUUAUUUAUAAUAAACACAUAGGAUUACAUUUUUUUUUUUUUUUUU